AUGGCACUGAGCGAAAACUGCAAGACGCAACCUUCAAAGGAGCAAGGGUCAGUUCAAAACCCCCCGUCGGACGUGAUUGAACUCAAUGUGGGUGGACAGGUGUACUACACUCGUCAUGCCACCUUGACCAGCAUCCCAAAUUCCCUCCUCGGUAAGCUGUUCUCCAGUAAGAAAGGAUCCUCGAACGACCUGUCCCGGGACCUCAGAGGACGCUAUUUCAUCGACAGAGAUGGCUUUCUAUUUCGGUACGUAUUGGAUUACCUGAGAGACAAGCAAGUCGUCCUUCCUGACCACUUCCCCGAGAGAGGACGUCUGAAAAGGGAGGCGGAAUAUUUCCAGCUGCCAGAAUUAGUCAAACUUCUGUCAUCCGACGAAUCGAAACUAUGCGACGACUUCUACUUCAGUGAUUUCGACGAUGCGUCGCAGGGUAGUGACCAGAGGUUUUACCCCUCUUAUUCGCUGGACCGGAGGUACGGCUAUAUCACGGUCGGUGUCAAAGGCACUUGCGCCCCGGGGGGCAGAGAGGGGCAAUCGGACGCCAAAGCCAAGAAAGUGCCAAGGAUCUUUAUUAGCGGCAGGAUCGGAUUGGCCAAAGACAUCUUUGGGGACGCCCUGAACGAGAGCCGUGAUUCAGACAGACCACCGGACCGGUACACCUGCAGGUUCUACCUCAGGUUCCGACACCUGGAAAGAGCCUUCGACAUGCUGUCGGAAAGCGGCUUCCACAUAGCAGCCUGCAACUCAUCUCUUACUGCAUCCUCCGUCGGCCAUUACGCGGACGACAGGGUCUGGUCCAACUACACACAGUACGUCUUUUAUCGUGGGCCGUCAAGGUGGUCAUCUUCUCACUGCGACUGCUGUUGCAAGAGUCACAAAAGCGAGCGCGAGGGAGAGAGCGGCACCUCCUUCAAUGAGCUCUCCACUUCCUGUUCUGAGACCCAGUCCGAGGCAAGCUCCCCGCAAGGGACGGUGAUCUGUGGCCCAGUGACCCGGCAGCCCAACAUCCAGACACUGGACCGGGCCAUCAAGAAAGGACCAGCUCAGAUGUUGCAGCAGGCAGAGAUGCGCCGGAAGACAGAUAUGCUGCGCGUGCGGACCUUUGGGGUUCGGGAACGAGAGGCCGCAAAGAGGAAAGCCAACAAGGAGAAGCUGACUCCAGAGCAGGAGCUGGAGAAAUGCAUCCAGGACUUCCGUCGCAUUAGAAUCCCAGAGCGCUUUCCAGAAAGGAAGUACAUGUGGCAGUCAGAGCUCCUUAGAAAGUAUCGUCUCUAA